AUGUCUGAUACUACUCAGUUAGCCGAUGCGUAUUUGCUUCAGUCAGCAUUAAAGACUGACCCUCCUAUCGAUGUAAGCAAAGGCAAAUCCGUUGCCUACGUCGUUGAUGGAAAUCAAGGCUCUUACAACUCUGGUUUGAUCACGAUCGAUGCCACUUCGCAGCUAACCGGCUCUCGCGGGUUCGGUUCGCUCAAAGACGCAUAUAUUACCCUUCCUUAUGUAGUUACGGCUAAGAGCACUGGUAGUACCGAUAUCGCUGAAAACAUUAACAGAUUCGCAUGCGCCCUCAAAUGCAAUGUAGCUAAUGUGGUUGACUCUCUGACGGUUGAGCUUAACGGGAAAAGGGUCAUUACGGAGACUGAAUUCAAGGGAUUUUGGAACAACCUACGAGCGAUGACUGAAUUAUCUCAGGAUGAGCUGGACCAACCGGCGAUGGUUAUUCGAAUAACCAACUUGAAAAGGGUGGUAAGUUAG